AUGCCUGGGAUGAUCAACAAGGUCAUCUCUCUGGCACUGGUGGCCAUUUCGUCGAGUCUGGUUGUGCAGCAGGCCCAUGCCCAGACUGUACCGAAGAAGCAAUGCGCGACGAGUGUUCAUGCUAUCAUUGCUCGGGGUCAAGGCCCUGGCAAUAAUCUGAACGUCAUGGUCAAGGUUCAGAAUAUGAUCCUGGACCAGAUUCCGGGAUCAACCAGUCUUGGUCUGCCUUAUGCUCAUGACGCCGAGGACAAAUUCACUGCGGUCCACAACGGAGCUAUCAUGAUGCAGAACUAUGUCAACGACUAUCUCAAGGUCUGCCGGGAUUCCAAGAUUGCGCUGAUUGGAUACUCCCUGGGCGCUGUUACCAUGAUGGAAGCCGUCUGCGGCACGAGCUCUGCUUUGUUGAUUCCCACGCAGCCUUUCGAUCCCUCCUUGAACAAGGCCAUUAUUGCUGCUAUUGCAUACGGCGAUGAGACCUACGUUCCUUUGCAGCCAUGGAACGUGGGAGACUGCACAAUCGGCUUGGGUAUAUUCCCCCGUUUGCUUCCGAGUACCUGCGAUCCCUUUGCCUCCUCCCUGCAAAGCUAUUGCGAUUACGGCGACGACCAAUGCUGCGGAAUCUACCCCCUGGACGACAAUGCAGCCCACCACGAUUACGUCGAUAAGUACAGCCAGGACGUGGUGAACUUCAUCAAGGGCCGCUUGGAUGGGUCUAUCAACUGA